ACAUUUCCUGAACCAAUGAGAGACGUGAAGGGGUGUGUUGGGCUCUCCCUCCUGCCCAGUAGAAAAAGAUACGCUGACACCAGUCACUUUAUGUUCGUCCUCAGUGCAGGGCAACAGACACCUUGACGUGUGAAUAUGGCUUCUUUUCUUCAACGUUGUCCCUUCUAUACCAGGGACCCUUCAAUGUUCCUGCGGGCCGCUCGUCCACUGGUCAUGCGCAGUGCCGAGCGCUGCCCAGUCAUGGUGACCCGCAGCCUGUCUACCUCUGCUGGUAACUGGCAGAGGGCUAAGGACACCACACCAGUCACUGGAGUGUCCACUGGUGCCUCCAACAGGCGUACACUAGCUCAGGCUGCCCCACAAGCUGCUACAGCCAGUGCCAAGUGUCCCUUCAUUGAGAAAGAGAUAGGAGCGACUGAGAGUAUUAUCGUGCAGAGAGCUGGUCCAGAAGUGCAAGAAGAUGUCAGGGCAUUCAAAACAGACGUUCUCAGCUCUCUGUUGAUGGAAGUCCAGUCUAAUCUUAAGAAGAAGUUCCUGAGCCCUUCCCCUAAAAAGGUGAAUCUCGGAACUGGAGCUCCUCUCAUUCCAACCCAUCUGAUUAAAGAAAACAUGACAGGUGGAGCUGCCUAUGGUUACGAUGAGUUCUUUAGCCGGAGGAUUGAUGAGAAGAAGCAGGAUCACACAUAUCGGGUGUUCAAGACAGUGAACCGCAAGGCAGAUGCCUACCCUUUUGCUGAGGAUUUCUCUGACCUCCAGGGUGAUAAGAAGGAAGUGUCCGUAUGGUGCAGCAAUGACUACCUGGGCAUGAGUCGCCACCCAAGGGUGGUAGAUGCCAUCUCGGAUGCUCUGAAGGAGCACGGAGCUGGGGCAGGUGGCACAAGGAACAUAUCUGGCACCAGUAAAUACCACGUGGACCUGGAAUGUGAGUUGGCCGAUCUGCAUAAUAAGGAUGCCGCCCUGCUGUUUUCCUCAUGCUUCGUGGCAAAUGACUCUACUCUUUUCACUCUUGCUAAGAUGCUACCAGGUUGUGAGAUUUACUCCGAUGCUGGGAACCAUGCCUCAAUGAUCCAGGGAAUUCGAAACAGCGGUGUCACCAAAUAUGUCUUCCGUCACAAUGACCCUUCUCAUCUGGAGGAACUGCUGCGGGAAUCCAACCCCAAGAGACCUAAGAUUGUGGCUUUUGAGACUGUGCACUCAAUGGAUGGUGCUAUCUGCCCCCUAGAAGAGAUGUGUGAUGUGGCACACAAGUAUGGAGCAUUGACCUUUGUGGACGAGGUGCACGCUGUAGGAUUGUAUGGGGCAAGAGGCGCUGGUGUUGGGGAAAGAGACGGAGUUAUGCACAAGAUAGACAUUGUUUCAGGAACUCUGGGUAAGGCCUUUGGCUGUGUGGGUGGUUAUGUGGCCAGCACAGCCUCCCUCAUAGACACCGUACGCUCUUAUGCUGCUGGUUUCAUCUUUACCACCUCACUGCCCCCCAUGGUGCUGGCUGGGGCCCUGGAGUCUGUGCGAGUGCUGAAGAGCGAAGAAGGACAGGCGUUGAGGCGUGCUCACCAACGCAAUGUUAAGCACAUGCGUCAGCUUCUUAUGGAUGCAGGGCUACCCGUUAUCAACUGCCCCAGUCACAUCAUCCCUAUACGGGUUGGAAACGCUGCACUGAACACCAGAAUCUGUGACAUUCUUCUCUCCCAGUACAACAUCUACGUCCAGGCUAUCAAUUACCCAACUGUCCCCCGAGGAGAAGAACUGCUAAGGCUGGCACCAUCCCCUCACCACGCCCCUGAUAUGAUGAGCUAUUUUGUGGAGAGCCUGGUGAACACCUGGAAAGAAGCUGGCAUGCCCGUACAGAUGCCCUCCGCUGCAGAGUGCAACUUCUGCCAUCGACCCCUGCACUUUGACCUGAUGAGUGAGUGGGAGCGGUCUUACUUUGGUAACAUGGAGCCAAAGUACAUCACCAUGUACGCAUGAAGCUGAACAAGACCACUCAUCAUACCCAGAGACCCCCCGUGACAAGCCUUCCCUGCAAUUUACACUUGUAUAGAUAAUAUACACUGUACCUUCAAUCUACAGGUCUGCAGGCAAAUAAUCCAACAUACGGUACUUCCUACUGACCAUUUUAUAAAUUAGUGACAGAUACAGUCCAAAUAUUUAUUUAACAUCACUCUCACACGUUUAAGGUGGUAUUUAAAUUCCUUUAUACAUUAUUUUAUAUUGAUUUCCCCAAUCUAACAAAAGAUAUUGAAGUUAUUCAGUGACACAAGAUCAUAGCUGACUCUGGGUAUGAAUUCCACACUAAUAAAGUUUUGAACUAA